AUGAGCGCAUCGCCCGUCAACAACGCCAAUGGCGCAACUGGAGGAUCUGUCAACGAGGCUCGCGACCCCUCUGGUUUCUUGAGUGAGAUCAUCGGCGCACCCGUCACCGUCAAGUUGAACUCUGGAGUUGUCUACAGAGGUGAACUGCAAUCAGUCGAUGGAUACAUGAACAUUGCCCUCGAGCAAACAAACGAGAUUGUCGACGGAAAGAUUAGAAGAAGUUACGGAGAUGCCUUUGUGAGAGGUAACAACGGUAUGCGCUCCUCUCCACUCACAUCAAGCUGCGUCCCGGACUGA